CGGUAAUCGUGUUACAUUACAUUGGUGCAUACUGCAUGCAAUAUGCACCUACUGAGUGUACAUACUUAAACAGUUGUCUUUUCCAGCAAGAAAUCUCCUAUUCAUCUGUAUUAUGAUGGGAAUAAAUGGGGUAUUGAGAAUGUUGUGCAGACCGUCUGCUACACUGUUGCCCUUAAUCAUCACUUUAUCAUGUCUUUCAAGUUUAAAUUCGGCAAGUUUUGAUGGCAAACUGAAUUCAACUGAUUCCACUUUUUCAGUGGAAGAAUCUAUCUUCCAAAUCUUUAUUCAGAAAUUCAACAAGACCUACACAAGAGGCUCACAAGAAUACUUCAAGCGCUACAGAAUAUUUAAGGAAAGCUUACUGAAGCAUGAAAUGUUAAAUGCCAUCGCUACUCAUAGGGACCAUGCAACAUACGGCAUUACCAAGUUUUCAGACCUCACUUCCGAGGAGUUUCAAUUUCAGUAUCUCGGAACCGCCAGCAUACCAGACCAAAGCGUACGAUCGGUUCCUGGGCCAGUGCGGAGACCCUUAAAGACCAUGCCCCUUGUGUAUGACUUAAGGUCCAUCAAGCCUCCAGUUGUAACUCCAGUGAAGAACCAAAAGUCGUGUGGAGCAUGUUGGGCUUUCAGCGUUGUUGAGACCAUGGAAACUCAGAUUGCCUUGAAGACCAAACGUCUUACCCAGCUCAGCGCCCAGGAGCUGGUAGAUUGUGGGACCGCUGCAGGAGAUGGUGGUUGCCGUGGCGGCAUACCAUGUAAGACACUUGAUUGGCUGAAUCGAACCAAGACAUCGCUCGUACCUGAAUCCACGUACCCCUACAAAGCCAAGAAGGGGGACUGCAGAAUUAAUAAAAACUCAACUCUAAAUGCAGUUGUGACAAACUUUUCAUGUGGAAAUUAUGCCGCUGAUGAGGAGCAUGUGAUGCCUGCCAUGUUGUAUAACCAAGGUCCUCUUAGUAUCUCGGUGGAUGCAGAGAGUUGGCAGUAUUAUCUAGGAGGCAUCAUCCAGUACCACUGUACACCGACCUACCUCAACCAUGCUGUGCAGAUCGUUGGCUUCGACAUGUCAGGUGAUAUACCAUUCUACAAUGUGCGCAACUCAUGGGGAGUUAACUGGGGCAUUGACGGCUAUCUGAAGAUCAAAAUCGGCAACAACGUGUGUGGGGUCGCCAGUGCAGUUCAAACUGUUUCAGUGUAGAUUCGUAAACAUUUAACAAGUCUUUUUUUUUUGGGGGGGGGGGAGUCAAGUAUACAAAUAUUGACUGCUCAUGAGGAUGAUGGUGGGAAUUAUCACUCCCAAGGUGGUGUUCAUACCCGCCCUUCUAUCACCCCCGAGGCAAAGCCUCGGGGGUGAUAGAAUGGCUGGUAUGAACCCCACUGAGGAAGUGAUAAUUCCCUCCACCAUCCGAUUACAGAGCAGUCAAUAUGUGUUUUAUAUACCUCAUCCGUUCCAAGAUAGACGUAUUCAUCAACAACUUCUACAAUAUUAUCAUCAAAUUUAAAUAGGUCUAUAUGAAUUGUUCGAACUUUACCACGAGAAAAUACAACAACUUCGGUUUUAGCUGCGUUGACAUGAAGAAACCAUUUUGAGCUAGAGCGCCGUGACAACGCGUGAGUUGCGCACUGGGGGGAAUCUUGUACGCUGUGUUUGUGUGCAAAAGUCGCACAGGGGUUAGGAGUUCUAUCACAGGGUUUGAUAGAACGACGCAAUGAUCGAUCAAAAUGCACCUUGUCGUGUGAUAUAGUCUUGACAAAUCAGUGAAUGACAAUCUAUGUAUGAGGUAUAUAAUUAAAGAUAUUUGGACAUGAUAAUGGUUUAAUAUUAUUUUUUAUAUAAACCAUAACUAUUGAAAACUGACGAUGGUUUGAAUAAGACACCAGUUAUGGGUUGUCAGUAUCAGUGAGUGGACAUGGGGGUCAUGCUACAUCACACUCUGACUUAUUAAGAACAUGCUCGGCAAUCUGAAUUUGACCUCAUAGACACAGGUCUUUGAGACCACAGAGCUUCAUGCUUGCUGCAAAGUGGCCUGCUCCUGAUCAUAGGUGGUUCAACUAAACCCAGGGCUUCCCGGGAAGGUUGCUAGUUCAUGGCAAUUACUCUUAUGUGACCAAGUUUCGAAGUAUGCAUAAAAAUGUUCUCUCUUGAGACAAUAUUUCUACCAAAGUGUCUUUGUUCUUGUUGAUGCAAAUAUUGUUACUUUGUCUGAAAUAUUAUUUUGGUAUUUUAUGCCCAGUUCGAACGGCCUAUGGCACCAAGAUUGUUAAUCUGCUUUUGUUUCUGAAGGCCACUGCAAAGAAAUUGCAAUAGGACUUUUUAUGGAAUUUUAAUUGUAGUUGAAUGAGGUCCCCUGUGGCUAUAGGAGUAUUUAGGCCUAAAAAAAGAAAGAUGUUGUAUUGCCCUUUAGGUGCCAAAACAUGGGUCAGUCGGUCAGUAAUUUUUUUUUUCCUUCCUCUUU